AUGGGCAAGGAUUAUCUUGGAAAGGAUCAGCGCCGCGUCACGGACGACAAGAAGGAGGAUGAAACCAUCACAGCCUUGGACGCCGGUGACAUUGCUGUCCUCAAGACCUACGGCACAGGCCCGUACACAAACGCCAUCAAGAAGACGGAGAAGGACAUUGACAACGUGAUGAAGCGCGUGAUUGAGCUCACGGGCAUCAAGGAGUCUGACACGGGUCUUGCCCACCCCGGCCUGUGGGAUUUGGCGGCAGACAAGCAGAUGAUGCAGGAGCAGCCGCCACUGCAGGUCGCCCGCUGCACAAAGAUCAUCCCUGGCGAGACAGAGGAACAGAACAAGUACAUGAUCAACAUCAAGCAGAUUGCCAAGUUUGUUGUUGGUCUGCACGACAAGGUUGCCCCGACAGACAUUGAGGAGGGCAUGCGCAUCGGUGUUGACCGCUCCCGGUACCAGAUUCACAUCCCGCUCCCGCCAAAGAUCGAUGCCAGCGUCACCAUGAUGCAGGUUGAGGACAAGCCCGACGUGACGUACGCCGAUGGCCGCACGCACAUCCUGAAGAUCCACACGAAGAGCAUGAGUGUGGAGCGCGGCAUCCGCUACGAGCUGCUUGCGCGUCUGUGUCCAAACAGCACCGGCGCUGAGCUGCGCAGCGUGUGCACGGAGGCCGGCAUGUUUGCCAUCCGCGCCCGCCGCAAGGUGGCCACGGAGAAGGACUUCCUGGACGCCAUCAACAAGGUGGUCAAGGGCUUUGCCAAGUUCAGCUCCACGGGCCGUUACAUGGCCUACAACUGAGGCGGCAGCGGCGAUGUUGAUGGCGGUGGUGGUGUCGAGGGGAGGUGGAUGUGAUUGUUUGUUGGGUGGGCGGUGUGUGGUUGCCCCGACCGCUUGCUGCUUGCUUGCACAGUGUUGUACGUGGUUGCAAUGGGUGUGGACGUGUGGUGGUUGUUCAUGUGUUACAUGCAUGUCCACUACCAGUGGUCCUCCAGGACAAAAUAAACGCUGCCCUGAUG